AUGGCGAAGAGGAAAUCGAAGUCAAAAUUGUCGUUUAAUCUCGACCAUGAUCAUGGUGAUACUGAUACACUUUUGGUAAAGAAAAUAACUCCGCUGGACUCCGCGCCAAUCUUCACUAAGAAGAAGAAGUCUGCAUCGCUACCUUCCAAACCUCAGUUUGGUACAACUGAUAUCUACAAUGAGGCAACGAUAGUCCCUGAAACUGAAGUUUAUCGUACUAUUGAUAUGGCAACGCACAUUUUAAGCAAUUACACGCAGCUCAACAUCCAAAACUUAAUCAACGACAGCACUCCCUUGGGUCUCGUGAAGUUGCAUUUAUUCCGGGCGUACUUGUAUUCAGUACAAUUUGGCCAAGCAGACCAAUUCUUUUGGUACCCUCCUAAUUCGGAAUAUCAAGCAUUGUUUAAAAAGCUCUUUUCUGAUAUAGAAACUAUAACCAUUGACGUCUCACACAACUGGGAAGGUACGACGUUCAAGGAUAGAUUUAUAAGUAAAAACAGUAUCACACCAGUCAAGAUCGGGAGGGAAAGUGAUUCGAAGAAGAGGGUGGUAAAAAAGAUUAAAGUAAACCAUAUUGUGUUGAAACGCUUGGGAAUACCAACGUAG